AUGGAAGUAUCAACAUCUUAUUUAACACCGGCAGUCAGUUUUAAAUACGGCAGUUUUCAUGAUUCCGAAAAUGUCUCAACUAUCAUGGAUGAUGGGAUUUGUAGAAUCGGAAGCUACAAUUCCCAGGGUUAUCACUAUGACGGCUUCUUAUACGACGGGUCGAUUGGAGAAGACGAAGAAGCAUCUUCUUGUGGUAACGACGAGUGCAUGUUCGAAAUGUCAAUGAACUGUGAGACGGUUGGAACCGAUAUGAGAAGCGAAUCCGAUAUGACUGAAGAACUUGACGAUGACAACGAUUCAGAUGAAGAAGACGAAGAAGAUAACGAUGAAUGGACGAAUCAGAAGAGAACUGACAAACGGAAUAGUGUUGCCUAUUAUGCGGCCAUGGAAAUGCUCCGAAUUCGUUUCCCAUUCCAAUCGAUCUCAAUUCGCAUUUCGGAUUUCUGCUGUCUCCAAGAAAAGGACCUUCUCAACGAUACGAUGAUCGAUUUCUAUCUUAAUCAUAUCGUCGAGCACGUUCUUCCCGACAACGCGGGGCGCAAGGUUACCGUCCUUCCAUCGGUGUUCUGGCACAAUCUCUCGUUACGACAGCAUGCGAUCGACUCGGAAGAGGAGAAUGUGUUGACGGAGGAACAGAAACUCGACCUCAAGUUCUCGGACUUGCACGAUUUCGUUGAAGAUUUCGAUCUUCAAGACUUCGACUAUAUCGUCGUUCCAGUCAACGAAUGGGAGCAUUGGUCGUUGGCAGUCAUUUGCCAUCCAUUCACGCCAAACGCGCGUACUGUCAUCUUCGAUUCUCAGCUUACAGCUGAUUUGAACAAUUUGCAAAACAUCGCAAGUCUCAUCGAAUCGUUCAUGAAGUACUCUUGGCUUAGAAGAACUGGUACCCCAAUGCCAUAUCCGCUUCAAUGCGUAAUUCCGAGCAAUAUGCCCCAACAGACGAACAAUUUCGAUUGCGGAGUAUUCAUCGUCGAGUUUGCUCGUUGUUUCUUGAUGUCUCCACCGAAAGAUCUUGACAUGUUCGACUUUUCGCGUGAAUACAAUGACUUCUCGGUUGCCGGAAAACGGGCUGAAAUGCAGCGCGCCGUGCUCUCGUUGUGCUCGAAUCGCGCUCAAUGGCGUCCGCUCGUCGAGCUUCUAAACGGCAUUAACACCGCCGUACCACAUCGCGCAUUGUAA